CAGUAAAGAAAUCUAGAAAAAUAUUAAAAAUAUUCAUUCACACCUGGCUCACUCAGCCUUGUAUGCCCCAACAAUUACGCCAUGGAGAUUCCACUUCUGCAUCCAUACAUGAACCCAAUUACACUAACAACAACAACAACACUUGUCUUUCUCUCUUCCACAAACCUCAAAAAAUGAAACCCAACAACAACAUUACAGUGUCGGCCAAGACAGACUCCGAGGUAAGCAGCCAAACCCAAUCCUCCCCGACAAGAUCACCCCGGCGCCCCGUCUACUAUGUCCAAAGCCCAUCACGCGACUCAUCCAACGACGAGAAAACUUCAAACUCCUUCAAUUCAAGCCCGCUCCAAAGCCCAUUAGCCUCUCCUCCUCACUCUCAUUCCAACUCUUCCUUAGGCCCUCAUUCCCGUGAAUCUUCCUCCACGAGAUUCUCCGCUUCUCGCAAGAGCAGCAACGCCUCGCAUAACCGGAGAUGGCGACCGUGGAAGGAUCAUUUCAAUCCCAUCGAAGAAGAAGGCCUUCUCGAUGAUCACGACAAUGAUUAUCACGGCUUCCCUCGUCGAUGCUACUUUCCUGUUUUUGUUCUUUGCUUCAUGGUUCUCUUCUCUGUUUUCGCUCUCGUUCUUUGGGCUGUAAGUCGCCCUCAAAAACCCGUCAUUUUCCUGAAGAGUGUAACCUUUGAUAGAUUUAUAAUUCAAGCGGGUGCGGAUGUGUCCGGAGUUGCAACUAGCAUGGUGUCAAUGAAUUCAACUGUGAAAAUGACAUAUAGAAACACAGCAACAUUUUUCGGAGUUCAUGUGACAUCAACUCCAUUAGAUCUCAAUUACUACGAGCUUACACUAGCCACUGGAAAUAUUCCUAAGUUUUACCAAACAAGAAAAAGUGGGAGAUCUAUUCAUGUGAUGGUGAAAGGAAACCAUGUUCCACUCUAUGGAGGUGGAGCAAGACUAAACAGCCUGAACGGUUCACCGGUUGAACCGGUUUCCUUGACAUUGAGUCUGACAAUAAGGUCAAAGGCUUAUGUUUUGGGGCAACUGGUGAAACCUAAGUUCAACAAGAAAAUAGAGUGUGCUUUGAUUAUGGAUCCGAAGAAAAUGGGUGUGCCCAUUCCACUUACCAACAAGUGUACGUAUGAGUUAUAGACUCAACCAUAUGUGGAAUUAAUGAGUGAUAAAUCAUCGUCAUAGAAUAAUAAUUUAAAGGGGUUUCAGUAUUUAUUUUAUUAGACUAGAUUCUCAUAAUGCAGUUUUCUUUGGCUUCACUCUGUCAGAAUUCCAAUUGUUUUGUCUUGUAAUGUGGAUUUUGUCGGUCGAUCUAUUUCAAUUGUUACUAUAUCUUAUCACAAGUUAAAUGAAAUAAGUACUAGUAUUAAAUUUGUUUUGAUA